UAUGUGAGCGGCGUAGAGGAGUGAUAUGCUCGUCUCCGAGCGAAAGCAAUUGUUUGUUUUGUUUAUCGAUUUCGAUCUGAGGAAAGAAAGAAAAAAAGUGGGGAGAAGAAUCAAAGAUGGGAGAUUCGAGUUCAUUUGUGGAUGGAAUCAAGGGGUUCUGGGAGGAGAGGUUGUCGUUCCUGGAGAAUUACACGAGGUUCACCAAACGCGAUACGCCUCUUCCUUCUUGGUCUUCCUCCGACGUUGAAGAGUUUAUAGCUUCCGAUCCCCUUCAUGGACCCACCCUGAAAACUGCUAGGGAAGCUGCUACUUUUGGUGUUACCGGAGCUGCUCUUGGAGCUGUUUCUACUGCCGCUUUUGCCUGGAAAUACUCGAGGAGUCCACAUGGUACUGCAUUGUCCUUCUUAGGAGGAGGUGUUUUCGGUUGGACCUUUGGGCAAGAAGUCGCCAACCACACCUUGCAACUCUAUAAGUUGGACACAAUGGCGGCUCAAGUUACGUUCAUGGAAUGGUGGGAGCGCAAGUCUCAAUGAAGGUUUUGAAUCCAAAAUAACAAAGACGCUUCCUAUCUUGCAAACAGCUUGAAAUGCAAUAAUAGUUAAAUCCAUUUCCAGACUUUAUCUUUUCAACCUUUUUAUUACGUUCUCAAUCUUGGAACAUGUUUUGUUUUCCUUUGUCUCAAUAAUACAACACGCCCCAAGAGUGUUUUGAAAA